AUUACGAAAGAAUAAAUACACCGUACAAUUGUACAAAACAAACGAGAGUAGAAAACAUAUUUGAGUAGAUUGUGUAAUGCUAAUACUAUAUUCUAUAUGUUCAUCAUGAUACAGCUACAUUCCAUUGUCAUUAUGCGGGAAAUUAACAAUGAAGAAUUUAUAUUCAUCGAUAGCUCAUUUACGACCCCGACGAUUUAAGAAUUCUGUUCGAUAAAUUAAUACGAAAUCUUUUCAGAAGGGAAAAGAAAAAAAUAAAUUCAAAAUGUGCUGUCAAUUAAACCAAUGCUGUUGUUUUUUAAACAGUAAAGAUGGUUCUUUUGCAUCAGGAAUUUAUACCGCAAUUACAUCGUUUCUUAGUAUAAUUACUUUAUCUGUGGAAUAUUCCAAGUUUAAUUACAGUAUAUCCAAUAAUAUCGCAUACACCGUCAGUCUAAUUUCUGUUUUCGUAUUCAUGGUAAUUUUUCUUCUUCUAAGCUUAAUUCUGUUAUAUGCCGUGACUAAGGAAAAACGUCGAGCGUUAAUACCUUGGAUGAUUUGGAUAAUUAUUGUAAUCGUUCUGCAGUGUGCUGGAGCUAUUUUCUUUUUAAUAAUCACUUUCAUUAUAUUGAAACUGAUAUAUCUUAUUCCUUUUGCAAUAACUAUCAUUUUACUUGGGUUAAAUAUUAUUUGUUUCGUAGUGGUGAAAACUUAUUAUCAGUCGUUGGAUCCGUCCAAGCUCUUAGAUGAAGAAUCUCCGACAUACAGGAAAUUUUGAAUUUGUUUUCUAUGAAUUUCUGCUUAAAUUUUUUAAUUUAAAAAAAAAAACAUGUUUUUUUGAAAUGAUUUUUCUAAAUUUAAAAUAAAGGUAAUUUGUA